UUGAUUAAGUUUUUGGUUGUAGCAGUUAAGAAUUUUCGAUUUAUUAAUUUUCGCGGGUGGUAGUCCGCUGGCGCUUUCUUGAAAAUAUUUCGCACAACGAAAGUUUUAUGCACCAAAUAUAAUGUUAAGGAGAAAAAUACUUUUAGCAUUCACAACACUGACAUGUGUAGCAAACGCAAUAGUCCAAAAUGCAGCUACAGGCAAUGAAAUUGACUCAACGCCGAAAAAAUCCCAAACAAGUACUGGAGGGCCCUUGUAUCCACAAGCUACAGAAACAAGAGACUUGCGGACACUAGACGGGAUAUGGAACUUCAGGAAGUCUCCAGCUGAUCCAGAGACUGGCUACAGAGCCGGCUGGUUCGAGCAGGAUCUCGACAAGACUGGUCCUGUGCUUCAAAUGCCAGUGCCUUCAUCAUACAACGACGUUGGUGAGGAUGUUUCGUUGCGAGACCAUGUGGGAGUAGUUUGGUAUGAUCGGCGAUUCUUCGUGCCCUCGUGGUGGGGCACCGCUGGACAACGAGUGUGGCUUCGAUUCAGCAGCGUGCACUAUGCGACUGAAGUGUUUAUAAACGGGAAGUCGGUGAUGUACCACGAGAUCGGCCACUUGCCUUUCGAAGCUGAAAUCACGGACUUCGUCAGCUUCAACAGUAGUAACCUGCUAACAGUGGUGGUUGACAACACCCUGCUUAGCGACACUGUGCCUCAAGGUGUUAUAAAAAGCGUAUAUGUUGGACCAAACAAAAUUCGUCAAGAACAACAGUAUACUUUCGAUUUCUACAACUACGCUGGCAUUCACCGCACUGUGUUCCUCUACUCCACGCCUCAAGUGUACAUUGAUGACGUCAUCGUUAACACGGAUAUACAGGGGCAUACAGGUUUUGUUGUUUACAACGUCACACAGAAAGGCGCCACAACAGACAAAGUCCACUGCUUAAUACAACUAUUUGACAAGAAUGAUACCCAAGUGGCAGCCUUCAAUGAAUGUGCUGGACUAUUGGAGAUUGGAAACGCCAACUUCUGGUGGCCUUACCUGAUGCACCCCAACCCUGGAUACUUGUACACCAUGAAGGCAUCGCUUAUUUGUUCCCAAGGAAAGAUUCUGGACACUUACUCUCAGAAAAUCGGUAUCCGGACAAUCACGUGGUCAAACACCACCAUAUAUCUGAAUGAAAAGCCCCUCUACUUAAAAGGGUUUGGCAUGCACGAAGAUUCUGAUCUAAGAGGAAAAGGCUGGGAUCCUGUACUAUGGGUGAAGAAUUUCAACCUCAUCAAAUGGUUGGGAGCCAAUGCGUUUCGAACGUCUCAUUACCCUUACGCUGAAGAAAUCUACCAGCUCGCUGACGAAUACGGCAUUAUGAUCAUUGAUGAAUGCCCCAGCGUCGAUACUGAUGGAUUCUCUGACACAUUGCUGGCGAAACACAAGCAAUCAUUGACAGAACUUAUCAGACGCGACAAGAAUCACCCCAGUGUGAUCAUGUGGUCCAUCUCCAACGAACCAAGGUCCGCCAACAAAUUAGCUGAUAGAUAUUUCGGGGAAGUGGUGCGUCACGUUAAGUCUAUGGAUCUCUCGCGGCCCGUCACUAUCGCUAUAUCUGCCGGUGCUUCGUCUGAUAAAUCUGGCCGUCACUUAGAUAUAAUCAGUUUCAACCGCUACAAUGGAUGGUACGCAAACCCUGGCCAGACCGCGCAGAUCACCAAUAAUGUGGUGGAGGAAGCCACUAACUGGCACCGUAUACAUAAUAAGCCCGUCAUCAUGACUGAAUACGGGGCGGAUACUAUUGCGGGACUGCACUUGUACCCCGAAUACAUCUGGUCGGAGGAGUACCAAUGUUUGCUGAUCUCAGAGCACUUCAAGGCGUUUGAUCUCCUACGAAAGGCUGGAUUCUUUGCUGGAGAGUUCAUAUGGAACUUUGCCGACUUCAAAACACCGCAAUCAAUCACGCGGGUUGGUGGCAACAAAAAGGGUAUAUUUACUCGCAGUCGGCAGCCAAAAGCGGCUGCCCACCACUUAAGGUCUCGGUACCACGCACUCGCUACCUCAGACUAUGGGGUCAUUCUCCCCGAGACAACGUACUACAUCAGCGACGCACAGCCCGCCAAGCACGAAGAGCUCUAACCACUGACCUCUGCCAUAAUAACCACCAAAUGUUUGUUACUAUAAGGUCUAAAAGUACAUAGAUUAGAAUAAUACGUUAUUUAUAAAAUAUUUCGCACAGAAAGCAUAACACUUGUGGGUUAGGAGAACAUUUAGGGCAAAGCAUACAAGUAGAUAAGUAACUGGCAAAUAUUUCAUAAAUAACGAUUAUUUCGUUAAAGUAUAGUUUAUUUUGUUUCUAGUUCAAAUGUCACACCAAAUGGGCAAGCGACUGAAUUAAGUAAAAGUACUUGCUCUAAAAGAUUUUGUGCCACAAUAAUGCGAUCAUGCAUUGGUACUUAAGGGAACUUAGCUCAUUCUAUUAAUAUCUUAGUUACUUAGAUUUCACGAAAUGUAAGAUAACACGACAAAAAUAUUCUACUACCUAGAUG